AUGCAUCAACGCCGAAGUCAGGGCGAUUCAAAAUCAACAAGUAGCACUAGUGGUUCAUUAUCAUCAAUGUCGACAACAAAUAAUGCUUCGUCAACAUCAACAACAGGUCGUGUUAGUAUAUAUUCAAUGCGUGAAAAAGUCAUAUUAAAUAAAAUGACAAGAAUGAUGGGAAAAUUAGCACCGAAUACUGAAACAGAAGUUACUAGUCGAUUACAUCAAGAAAUACCAGCUAUUAGACUUGAUGGUCAUCUUACUUAUUGUUUAUAUAGUACUUUACAAAAUAUACUUCAUUUAAAAAUUUUAACAUCAUCUCGAAUACUUGAACAAACAAAAUAUGAACAUACACAUUUUAUUACACUUACAAAUCGUUAUUAUGCUCGAACAGGAACAUCAAUUAAUAUAGAUUUAAUAGAUAAAUAUAUUUAUGUAGGUUUACUUGUUUUAGUACCACGAAAUCAAAAACUGAGACAACGUACAAGUAGAUUAUUAAGUGUAAUGAUUGUUUUUGUUUAUUUUGGAUUUAUUGCUUGGCUUAUAUUACAUACAUUUGUUACACAUCAAUUAUCUAAAACAUUCUUUAGUUUAAUUUUCGGACAUUUAAUUAUUUUAACACUUCUUGAUAAACCAAAUUUAUUCCAAAAUUCAUCUGAUAAUUCGUCUAAACAAUCAACAGUAUCGCGUAAACAAAAUCGUAAUUCAACAUCAUCAUCAUCAACUUCUUCCAUAGCAACAAGUGUAAUAGGUCGACCUUCAUCUUAUCGUUCAUCAACGAAUACACAACCUCGAAAAGUUAAUCCAAUCGUUACUACAUCAUCAUCAUCAUCAUCAACAGAAAUACCAUCGUCUCGAUGGUCAUCAAUAACCGAACAAAAAAUUGGUGUACAUGAAUGUUCAACAUUUUAUGAACAAGCCAGACAAGAAGCAAAUGAUUUAUGGUCACUUUUUAAUCGACGAAUAAUUCUAAAUUUCUAUCGAACAUUAACUUCAUUUAUUUUAUUUGAUUUUAUACCAAUUAAAAUGAUGGGUAACAAUGUUCGUUCAACAGAUAAUCAACCAUUAAAAUUAUUAAUUCUUAUAUUUACUUUAAGUACAUUUAUUACUCAUAGUGCUUUUUUAUUUCCUGUUAAACUUCAAACAGCUCUUCAUCGUAUAGCAACACAUCUUGGUCAAUGGCGAUCACAAUCAAGUAUUCGAACAGAUACAAUACAUGAAUGGUCAUCCGAAUGUAAUUCCUAUACACGUGGUAGUGUUGUAAAAUUAUCAUCAAAUAAUCGAUAUUUUGUUGCUAUGGAACACUUAAGUAAUGCUGCACAUCCACAAUCAAAAGCACAUGCAAUUAUCUAUCGAUUCUUUGGUGAUGCAACAUAUUUUAUAAAUAUUCAAAUUGUUUUUUGUAUUAUUCUUACUAUACUUCAAUUUAUAUGGAUUAUACGUAGUAAAUAUUGGGAACAAAUUUUAAUAAGUUGGUUAAUAACGUUCUAUAGUUCAUAUCCAAUAUUUAAAAUAACACGUGAUAGAAUUAUACUAAAUUUAGUUGAGUAUCAAGACGAUGUUCAAACAACAACAACAUUAAAACAAAAAAGAUCAAGUUGA